AAAGAAAACAGCUGGAUUUAGUGGUAUCAAGCCUCUACGGAAGAUACGGAAAUACCCGAUGUUUCACGAUCGCAGAUGUCAUAAAUCUGAGAAAUAUGCCGAUAAAGUGCAAUAUUUGUGGAAAGACAGCGAUUCUAAAGCGUCCUAAAACAGGAGAUGCAUUAUGCAAAGAAUGUUUUUACUAUGCCUUUGAGGAGGAAAUUCACAAAACAAUCACAGAUGCUUGUUUGUUUACUCGUGGAGAAACUAUAGCAAUUGGAGCAUCUGGUGGAAAGGAUUCAACAGUUCUGGCAUAUAUUUUGAAGUUAUUGAACAAGAGAUAUGACUAUGGUGUCAAGCUUGUUCUGCUGUCUGUAGAUGAGGGAAUCACAGGGUACAGAGAUGACUCUCUAGAGACUGUGAAGAGAAACCAGAAGCAGUAUGAUCUACCACUGAAGAUAAUAUCUUACGAGGAAUUGUAUGGUUGGACAAUGGAUGCUAUUGUGAAACAAAUUGGUUUGAAAAAUAACUGUACAUUUUGUGGUGUUUUCCGGCGUCAGGCUCUAGAUCGAGGUGCCCUCCUUUUGAAAGUGGAUAAGAUAGCUACAGGUCACAAUGCGGAUGAUAUUGCGGAGACAGUCAUUAUGAAUGUUCUCCGAGGUGAUAUUGGACGACUAAGGAGAUGUACUGCAAUCACCACUGGUACAGAUGGGGCAUUACCAAGAUGUAAACCUUUUAAAUACACAUAUGAGAAAGAGAUUGUGAUGUAUGCAUACUUCAAGAACCUUGACUACUUCUCUACAGAGUGCAUAUAUUCUCCUAAUGCGUACAGAGGAUUUGCCAGAGCAUAUAUUAAAGAUGUGGAAAAAAUUAGAUCUAGUGCAAUUAUAGAUAUUAUACACUCGGGGGAGAGUUUAUCGGUCAAGAAAGAAGUUAGAAUGCCAGUACAAGGUGUUUGUGAGAGGUGUGGGUAUAUAUCAAGUAAUCCGAUAUGCAAGGCAUGUGUAAUGUUGGAGGGGCUCAAUAAGGGUUUGCCCAGACUCGGGAUAGGUAAAACCCACAAGGAAAGAAGAAAGAUGGAGCAGAUGCUGACUGACAGGGCCAGUGAUUCAGGAUCCAUGGCAUCUGGUUCCCUUUCCGAUAUGUCAAGCCUAGAUUCAGCUCUCUCUUCUGAUCUUGCUUGUGAUAGGUCAAAUUGUGGCUGUCAAAUUCAGACCAACCAAUCAGGGUGCUCUGGACUUACCAAUGACCAAUCAGAUGGCUGCUGUAGGGAUAAGGCUGGCCAAUCGGGAUGUAGCUGUAAUGAUAAUCAGGAAGACACUUAUGACACAAAUGGUUCUGGAAAUAAUACAGUUUUGGAAAAGUUGUCAGUAUUUAACAAGAAGAUUGACAAAGCUGUUAUAGAUUUUUGACAACAUCAUUGAAGUCAUGUAAAAAAAAGCAGCAUCUUGCAAAUUUAUGUUUUAACUCAUUCUGCCCUUAAGCGUUAUCUCCACUUUACUCUGCCGAUAUUUAUUUUUCAGCCACCUAGGAGGCUGAUAAGCCAAUCUACCCCUUAAUACCUAGAGAUGUUUUGAGAGAUUACAUUGAUUUUGUAGUUUUUUUUACUCGGGGAUAUUUUUGUUAAUUAGUGACAUAUGACAUCAAAUAUGUGUUAAUAGGUAUGGAAUUCACACAGUCAUUAUUUUAACAGACUUGGAUUAAAGACGCAAAACGACCAUAAUCUCUCAUCAGAUUUUGUUUUGGCUAAACAACAUUUAUAAAAUGCUAAAUUUUAUCAUGCACAGAUUUAAACAACAAAUUAGAACAAUUCUUAAAAAUAAUCUUAAAUAAAUAUUAUUGUCAUUUUAUAACACGGAUUUUACUCAGUUAUAUGCAUCCAGGCAAUCAAAACACAUCAGAAUAAAGUUGUUUCUCAUUAAAAAUAGUGUAUGUAUUUCAUAUGAAGAUGUAAUAAAAUGGAAAUAAGUGAAUAUUUUUACUAUUUUAGACAGAAACUAUAAUUGUCCUGAAUAUUAGAUUAUUUUGGACUAAUUUUUAGAAAACAUGUACUUUAUUAUGAAAAUUUUGAAACAGUUUUGUAGACUUUCUAAAGUAUCACACAAGUUGUCAAAAAAAAUUGAAUUAUUAUUGACACUUUAUUCUAUAGAAACAAGAGACAGUUUCAAAGUUUAACAAAAAAAAAAUAGAUGAAUAAAUAAAUAAAUAGAUACCCAUCAAGAUUAUUUUACUUUUUCAUACAUACUUGAGCAUUGUCAUAUCGCUUAGGUAAAAAUGAAAGGUCUUGUGUGCAUGAGUGGAAGAUAGAUUAAUCUUACAUGUAAACAUGUGAAAGAAAAAAUAUUUUAGAUUUUUUCUUUUCAAUGAUAUAAUCCACAAUUUUACAGUUUUGUCCAGGUAGUGUUGUGUGCAUCGUCAUGACGUAAAUCUAGAACAUCUUGAUGUGACAAUGUUCAUGCGAUAUGAAAAUGUAAAAUAAUUUUAUAAGAUGUUUUUUUUUUUUUCAUUUUGGUAUGAUGCGUACAUGUUAUUUUUGUUUAGUAAUUAUGUACGUCUGUCUUUAUUGAGGUGUAUUUUUAUAACAAUACCCAAUUAUUUACCAUUCAAAAUUUUUCCACACUCAAAUGUUUAGAUCCAUACUUAUAAAGAAUAUAGUUAAUGCCUUUUCUACCUCCAUAGUUGGGUUUUUAUUUUUAUGUCUGCUAAAUUUUGACAGAUUUGUAUGAAAUUCUGGCACAUUUUAUUGUAAUAAAAUAUAAGCAUGAUAGUAAUCAGAAGUAAACUCAUUUAGCCAUGUCCAGAAAUGAGACCGUGUCUUGAAGAGUAUUGUCCCUUGAUUAUUAAGCCAGAUCGGUUAAACUUGAUUGUUUCCCUUUAUACCAUCUUAAUGCGAGUAUCGAUUUUUGUUAAUCUCUCUUAUCUUGAUAAUCUUGACUUUACACUGGUUUUGUUAAUUAGGGGUAUUGCGACGACAUUGUGAAACUUUUUACACAAGCGGAGUUUAUACCUUGCCCUAGGCUAUUUGCAGUAUUUUCUUCAAAUUGGUGAUGUUUAAUGGUAAUCGGGUUUUUGUUUCAAAAUUGAGAGCCGGGAAGGAUAUUCCCAUUACUCAUCGUGACUUUUAGAUAUGUAUUUAAUCUUUUGAUUAUAUCUUUUAAGGGCAAAAAUAUAUGUGAAUCAUAAAUUAAAAGUUAAUUGAUUAAAAAAUAAUUUUUAAAAUUUAAAUAUUUUUAUUCAAACAUGUAAUUUAAAAUAACAGUUUUAAUUUAAUUUGACAAAGAUGGAAUUAGAUCGACGUACAUGUUUAUUAUCUGAUAUACAUAACAUUGUUAUUUCUUCAAAUUGGUGAUUUUGAAUGAUAAUCUGGUAUUUAUUAAAAAAUUGUCAGGAAGCAUAAUUAUUAUUCCCAUUGCUCAACAUAUUUUUAAAAUAUGUAAUUAAAGGCACUGACCUCCAGAUUUGACUUAAAAUAAUCUUUCUCUCAAAUUGAAGUUUGUUAAUACUAGAAGAUGAGUUUUUGUUUCUAAAAUAUUUCGUCGAAACCAAUAGCGCUACAUAUGUGAAUUAUGACUUCAAAAUAUAGAUUUUUUUAUAAUCGAGACAGUUUACCUUGAGUAAAGCGUUACAAUCGCUUUUCGAUUUUCAUCAUAAAAAUUAGUAAAACAGCAAAUUCUCAUGUAUUUCCGUAACAUAUAGUUUGUCAGUAAUUAAGUUUUAAAGCCUUCUCGAAGAGUUAUAAAAUAAUUUUAUAGUUCUUUGGCCUUCUUAAGAAAUAUAGCAUUUAUUUCCAGAUAUCUAUAAAAGUAUUUUUUCUUGUUGUCGAACGAUCUGGAGGAUAGUCCCUUUAAUUUUUAAAAUAUUUUUUGAGGGCGAAAUAUAUGUGUAUUUCGGGUCUCCUUGAAAAUGUGUCUUUUCAAUUUCAAAAGUUUUUUUUAAAUAUUAUGGAUCCGUGGCCUAUAAAUGCAUUUUACUUUACAAUACUGUGAAUUUGGAUUUUGAACGGUAAGAUAAAUUAUCAAAAUUUAUAACUCCAUAUCCAUAAUUUAGAUUUUAACUUUAAAGUGUUUAUGCAAGAGCCGUAAUAAUUGUCCCUUUAGGCCACGGGGCAUGUCAGACAAACAGACACGAAUCCAAUUAGUAACGGUAAUAAACAGAAAUAUGUCACCAUUCAGUUAACUUAUUGUCAAACCGUUAUUUGACUUUAUCAUACAUAUAUAAUCAUUACAAAAAGAUAAGAUAAGAAAUUUAUAACAACAUUAUGAUACUUACAAACAAGAAACAUGAAAUUUACACCCGACCCAAUGGACUUGUUAUAUUGACAUGUACAAUAUUCAAGUUUAACUAUGAACAUGUAAUUCUAUAUGUUAAUCAACUUUAUGUUAUGUUAUGUUUUAAUGCAAUAAAUAAUUCUAGCAGUGAAAAUGGUAUUAAAUGAAUUAAAAAAUGGAAUAUUUUUUAUUUGAACAUGUAAUUUAAAAUAACUUUAUUUUUAGCUCACCUGUCACAUAGUGACGAGGUGAGCUUUUGUGAUCACGCAGCGUCCGUCGUCCGUCCUUACGUGUGUCCAUGCGUAAACUUUUGCUUGUGACCACUCUAGAGGUCACAUUUUUCGUGGGAUCUUUAUGAAAGUUGGUCAGAAUGUUCAUCUUGAUGAUAUCUAGGUCAAGUUCGAAACUGGGUCACGUGCCAUCAAAAACUAGGUCAGUAGGUCUAAAAAUAGAAAAACCUUGUGACCUCUCUAGAGGCCAUAUAUUUCACAAGAUCUUCAUGAAAAUUGGUAUGAAUGUUUACCUUGAUGAUAUCUAGGUCAGUUUUGAAACUGGGUCAUGUGCCAUCAAAAACUAGGUCAGUAGGUCUAAAAAUAGAAAAACCUUGUGACCUCUCUAGAGGUCAUAUAUUUCACAAGAUCUUCAUGAAAAUUGGUCAGAACGUUCACCUUGAUGAUAUCUAGGUCAAGUUCGAAACUGGGUCACGUGCCAUCAAAAACUAGGUCAGUAGGUCAAAUAAUAGAAAAACCUUGUGACCUCUGUAGAGGCCAUAUUAUUCAUGGGAUCUGUAUGAAAGUUGGUCUGAAUGUUCAUCUUGAUGAUAUCUAGGUCAAGUUCGAAACUGGGUCAUGUGCAGUCAAAAACUAGGUCAGUAGUUCUAAAAAUAGAAAAACCUUGUGACCUUUCUAGAGGCCAUAUAUUUCAUGAGAUCUUCAUGAAAAUUGGUCAGAAUGCUCACCUUGAUGAUAUCUAGGUCAAGUUUGAAAGUGGGUCACGUGCCAUCAAAAACUAGGUCAGUAGGUCAAAUAAUAGAAAAACCUUGUGACCUCUCUAGAGGCCAUAUUUUUCAUGGGAUCUGUAUGAAAGUUGGUCUGAAUAUUCAUCUUGAUGAUCUAGGUCAAGUUCGAAAAUGGGUCACGUGCCUUCAAAAACUAGGUUAGUAAGUCAAAUAAUAGAAAAACCUUGUGACCUCUCUAAAGGCCAUAUUUUUCAUGGGAUCUGUAUGAAAGUUGGUCUGAAUGUUCAUCUUGAUGAUAUCUAGGUCAAGUUCGAAACUGGGUCAUGUGCGAUCAAAAACUAGGUCAGUAGGUCUAAAAAUAGAAAAACCUUGUGGCCUCUCUAGAGGCCAUACUUGUGAAUGGAUCUCCAUAAAAAUUGGUCAGAAUGUUCAUCUUGAUGAUAUCUUUGUCAAGUUUGGAAGUGGGUCAAGUGCCUUCAAAAAGUAGGUCAGUAGGUCAAAUAAUGAAAAAACGUUGUGACCUCUCUAGAGGCCAUAUUUUUCAUGGGAUCUGUAUGAAAAUUGGUCUGAAUGUUAAUAUUGAUGAUAUAUAGGUCAAGUUUGAAACUGGGUCAACUGCCAUCAAAAACUAGGUCAGUAGGUCUUGAAAUAGAAAACCUUGUGACCUCUCUAGAGGCCAUACCCUUGAAUGGAUCUUCAUGAAAAUUGGUCAGAAUGUUCAUCUUGAUGAUAUCUAGUUAAAGUUUGAAACUGGGUCACAUGCCUUAAAAAACUAGGUAAGUAGAUCAAAUAAUAAAAAAAACUUGUGACCUCUCUAGAGGCCAUACUUUUCAUGGGAUCUGUAUGAAAGUUGGUCUGAAUGUUCAUCUUGAUGAUAUCUAGGUCAAGUUCGAAACUGGGUCAACUGCGGUCAAAAACUAGGUCAGUAGGUCUAAAAUUAGGAAAAUCUUUUGACCUCUCUAGAGGCCAUAUUUUUCAAUGGAUCUUCAUGAAAAUUGAUCUGAAUGUUCACCUUGAUGAUAUCUAAGUCAGUUUCGAAACUGGGUCACGUGCGGUCAAAAACUAGGCCAGUAGGUAUAAAAAUAGAAAAACCUUGUGACCUCUCUAGAGGCCAUAUUUUUCAUGAGAUCUUCAUGAAAAUUGGUGAGAAUGUUCUGAUGAUAUCUAGGUAAAGUUCAAAACAGGGUCACGUACCUUCGAAAACUAGGUCAGUAGGUCAAAUAAUAGAAAAACCUUGUGACCUCUCUAAGAGAUCAUAUUUUUCAAUGGAUCUUCAUGAAAAUUGGUCAGAAUUUUGAUCUUGAUAAUAUCUAGGUCAAGUUCAAAACUGGGUCACAUGAGCUCAAAAACUAGGUCACUAUGUCAAAUAAUAGAAAAAACGACGUCAUACUCAAAACUGGGUCAUUUGGGAAUAGGUGAGCGAUUCAGGACCAUCAUGGUCCUCUUGUUAUUUAAUCUGACAAAGUAAUGACAUUAAACACUGAAUUAGAUUGACACACAUGUCUAUCUGAUUCAGUUUAUCUGGUGUCAUCAGUACACGUGUACUGUGAUGGGCAAAAUUUUCCAAAUUAGUAAAGUCAGUGAUAUUCAAACGUUUAGGGAAGCAAGAAGACAUAAAAAUAACUUAAAAAUAAACUCAUUGAAAGAAAGAUUAACUUUUCUAGUUUACUUCAGUAACUUAAUAAAUGUUGUGAGAUGAUUAUAAAUAUAAGAAUAUAUCAUUUUAAAAGACCAUGUAAAGCUUAAAAUCUGUCAUUUCCUACAGAAAUCAGUGGGGCUCGGGAUCAAAAUUAGUUACUUAUUUCAAACGCAUAGGGAAGCAAGAAGAUCAUAUUUUAUUUUAUUAAAAAUUAUAUUGAAAGAAAAUGCAAAUAUUGCAGAUUACUUCAAUAACUUAAUAAAUAUUAUCAGAUGAUGCCUUUGAUGUCAUUUGAUGUGUAGAAGUUUUUCUCCUUCUAUAUUUCAAUAGGCUUAAAUUGACAGAUAAAGGCUAAUCGAUAUACUCGAUAACCUGUUUUCAAGGGAGACAAUUUCGCCAAUAAGCCAGCAAAUUGGCUUAGAUUUCUGGGUAUGCGUAAAAUUGUUUGAUCCCGCAGAUAGCAUUAUUUGCCACAUAGCGACGAGCGAAAACAUCUUUUAUUUUGGGUUGCCUUAUUUCAACUGUCAUUGCUCAGUGAAUCUUCAUUGGUAUAUAUAAAGAACCAUCUGUAAUUUUCAGGCUUGGAGAAAUCACAAAUUAUAUCUUGAACGACGCUUGCUUUCUUCAACAUAAACACACUUUCUUUUUUCACAACAUCCAGUUUUAUUUAUGUUUAAAAAAUGUUACGCAACAAAAAAGUUGAUUGGUCCAAUUUGUUUGAAAGAAUUAAAAGAUUUUAUCAUAAGGUCAAUGAAAUGUGACGACUGAAAGCGUCAUUCAGAAUUCAGAGCUAUUACUGUAAAGAUGCAUGUAUGCAGCCUGCGUUUGCAGAUGUAGAUAGCAACACCGCUUAGAAGCGGCACAUGGUAUACAGAUAACAUUCGGGUGACACAUUAAUGCAUCGUGUGUGCAGAAUGAGUUAACAAUACUUUAAAAUACAACAACUAUUGUUAUGACUUUUUUGAACAUUUCAGUGUUUUUACCAAUACACAAAAGAAUAUGUUAAAUUAUUUCCUCAAAACUUAGAUGUAUUUUAUGAAGAACUUUGAUUUAAAUAAAAAUUUUGUUGUAAGAUUCAACAAAGUGGUCUUUUUAAAUCAUGAUGAUCUUUUAGGAUUGUCAAAUGUCUAUUCUCUUCUAUUACUUGAAAGAACAUCUUAUUAACCACCAAGCCAGUUUCAACCAAACUUCAUAGGAAUGUUUUUUGGGUGGUCCUCUUCCAGAUUCCUUCAAAUCUGGGUCAUCCAUGUAGAAUUCUGGUUGCCAUAGCAACCUAAAGGAAAACUUCCUAGAAACUGCUUACACAAUUCCAAAUUAAUUUCGCAGCAACGUUUCUUUGGUGACCUACUACCAAAUUUCUUCAAGUCAUUUUAUUUGUCUAAAAACAUGGCUUUUGGGGAUGGGGCUAGCUUUCACUACAUGGCUUUAAAGAAAAUUUUAAUAGUCUACUCUGAAACUGCUGGCCAGAUUUCAAAAUAAUUUCACAGGAAUGUUCCUGGAGUUACCGCCGACUAUAUUCUUUCUAUGUUGAUUUGUUUAAAAACAUUGCCACCAGGAGGAAUGGCUAGUUUUCUCUAAAUGGCAGUUUGGAUAACUUAAAAAUUUUCUUUUGUGAAACCCUGGCCAGAUUUUAAAUAAUUUCAUAGAAAUGUUUUUUAGCUCACCUGUCACAAAGUGACAAGGUGAGCUUUUGUGAUCGUGCGGUGUCCGUCGUCCGUCCGUUCGUCCGUCCGUGCGUCUGUCUGUCCGUAAACUUUUGCUUGUGACCACUCUAGAGGUCACAUUUUUCAUGGGAUCUUUAUGAAAGUUGGUCAGAAUGUUCAUCUUGAUGAUAUCUAGGUCAAGUUCGAAACUGGGUCACGUGCCGUCAAAAACUAGGUCAGUAGGUCUAAAAAUAGAAAAACCUUGUGACCUCUCUUGAGGCCAUAAUUUUCAAUGGAUCUUCAUGAAAAUCGGUCAGAAUGUUCAUCUUGAUGAUAUCUAGGUCAAGUUCGAAACUGGGUCACGUGCGGUCAAAAACUAGGUCAGUAGGUCUAAAAAUAGAAAAACCUUGUGACCUCUCUAGAGGCCAUAUAUUUCACAAGAUCUUCAUGAAAGUUGGUCAGAACGUUCACCUUGAUGAUAUCUAGGUCAAGUUCGAAACUGGGUCACGUGCCUUCAAAAACUAGGUCAGUAGGUCAAAUAAUAGAAAAACCUUGUGACCUCUCUAAAGGCCAUAUUUUUCAUGGGAUCUGUAUGAAAGUUGGUCUGAAUGUUCAUCUUGAUGAUUUCUAGGUCAAGUUCGAAACUGGGUCAGGUGCCAUCAAAAACUAGGUCAGUAGGUCUAAAAAUAGAAAAACCUUGUGACCUUUCUAGAGGCCAUAUAUUUCACAAGAUCUUCAUGAAAAUUGGUCAGAACGUUCACCUUGAUGAUAUCUAGGUCAAGUUCGAAACUGGGUCACGUGCCAUCAAAAAUUAGGUCAGUAGGUCUAAAAAUAGAAAAACCAUGUGACCUUUCUAGAGGCCAUAUGUUUCAAAAGAUCUUCAUGAAAAUUGGUCAGAACGUUCACCUUGAUGAUAUCUAGGUCAAGUUCGAAACUGGGUCACGUGCCAUCAAAAACUAGGUCAGUAGGUCAAAUAAUAGAAAAACCUUGUGACCUCUCUAAAGGCCAUAUUUUUCAUGGGAUCUGUGUGAAAGUUGGUCUGAAUGGUCAUCCUGAUGAUAUCUAGGUCAAGUUCGAAACUGGGUCACGUGCGGUCAAAAACUAGGUCAGUAGGUCUAAAAAUAGAAAAACCUUGUGACCUCUCUAGAGGCCAUAUA